GGUGAGGGCUGGGGUAUCGUUGGCUGCAUCAGGAGAGAAAGAAAAAAAGAACGGAGGGCAGAAGGAAAGGGAGGGAGGCUGGCUGCGCAAAAGAGAAAAAGAAAAAAAGAGCAAGGAGAAUAGAGGAGAAAGACGCACGCAGCAGAAUUCGGGAGAAACAAGUGCCAACUUCUGCAAUUUAGGGUCUCUAAAAAAAAGGUGGCAUUUAGUUGUAGGUUUCCCGAUGAGUUCGCUGGAGCAACAUAGUUGCAAUGUAUCUGUUCAGGGAAGUUCGUUAUUUUUUCCAGUGUUUUUUUUUUCAUUCUCUCACAUCGAGGACAAUGUGACUUUAAGUGUGGGGGAGGGACUUAACUUGAAUUGUAAAAUCGUGAUUUCCCCUCCUAGCGUUGUUCCCCUUGGAUCUGUGAUUUUUUUUCAGAAAUGCCCAGCUUGACUCAUUAAUUCUUGACAGUAACUUAACUCUUGCAUACAUGUAAUUAGGCAUAGUUUCAUCCAUCUGAGUGUGUAACUAGUUAUAAUCUUUUCAUUAACUAGUUUUCAUUAAUAGUCGUUCUGGAGGAUUUCAAACUGUUUUGGAUGAGCAACCAGAGGCAGAUCUUGAUGUUUAAGACAAGGGCUGAUUAAGAUAAUGAGGUACAAUGGCCUACUUUUUAUCUCUGUGAGGAAUAUUAAUUGGGAGUUUUUGUGCUAAAAAGAAGUGUUCAUUAAAAUCUUUAAUUUAUGUUGUUUUGGUAGCCCAUCUUGGGCAUUGUUCCGCUGCCUUGAAAUCGGAGUAUGAGCAGUCUCUUUUCCGAGUUUUUGAUGUUUUAAUGAUUGCAUUGCGAGCAUGGACUCACGCUUUUAAUUGGCGCACUCUUUGGUGAGACCGGGAUUAGAAUGGGAUAAUGUCCAAAAAAAACUUGAGACCUCUUAGCUUUCGAAAAAGUGCAUGGGUGAACCAGUCAAAAAGCGUAAGUGUGAAAGCACAAUAAGAUGAGACUGGGGAUCUUCCGAAAGAAAUGGUGUUCCCGUGUCAACAUGACAAAGAGCUGCAUUUUUAAUAAUUGAACCCGGAGACUUGUGGAAUUUAUACACCUGUCCCUCCUCGUACUUCAAGUAUACGUUGAUACACAUUUGUGUUGAAAACGGUUGAGCUUAGUUGUACACCGUGUUCGCUCAUUGCAUAGAAAUAAAUGAUAAUCUCGGUCAUGUAAGUGCCAUGCAUACAUCUCUUUAAAGUGUCCGUGAACUGUUUUUUUUUAGCACAAUGGGUCCGUUUUGUAUUCCUCACAAUGACUAGAAUUUCAGGCCUUUGACCAUGUGCAGUUUCUUGGUGAAGGUGAAAAAGGUUGCUGAAACUUCCAGGGAGUUUGCUUGAUUCCUGAGCGACUUGAAUGAUGAUUUUUUUUAAUGAAUUGCUUAUAGUCAGUUACGGAAAGAUGGUUGUGAAUAUGCUUAUUUGCAUGUAUGUGCUUGUUAAGUUUUAUUUAGAGUUAGGUUGACAGGCUAUGUAUUUAGACGAAGUCAUGAUUCUUACUUGGGGACAAGCAAGUGCUAGGUGUGGGGGAGUUUGAUAGUCUCAUUUUAUACCCCAUAAUAGUAUUUGAUUUGUCUAUUAUUUAGAGCAUUUGUGGGAGUUUUAUGUUUUAGUUAUGCUCAAUUCUUUGAUUAUAUUUAUUAAUGAGUACUUUGAAUGAUUUAUUAUUAUUUUAGGUAGAAAAUGGAAUACUCCCGACUCAAAUGAAAGGUCAAGGCGUUGAUGUAAAAAUCCCGAAGCCAAACAUUACAAUUGUUGAAGCAAAGCGGGACCCGAUUCCUUAUCAAUUGGGCUGACUGGUUAGGCCCGCUAGUAAUAUAUUUUUUUUUGGGUUGGCCACAUGAGAAGCUUACUGGAGCAUUUAGCUGAUAAUGAUGCAAGCUGCAAUUUACAAAAAAAGAAUUGUAAUUCUAAUUUGCCAACAAGGCUCCAAUAUCCAUGAGGGAAAAACAACUCAAAAUGAAAUUGGGCUUUAGGGUGAGGGCUGGGGUAUCGUUGGCUGCAUCAGGAGAGAAAGAAAAAAAAGAACGGAGGGCAGAAGGAAAGGGAGGGAGGCUGGCUGCGCAAAAGAGAAAAAGAAAAAAGAGCAAGGAGAAUAGAGGAGAAAGACGCACGCAGCAGAAUUCGGGUGAAACAAGUGCCAACUUCUGCAAUUUAGGGUUCUAAUCUCUUCUUUUUAUCACUUUUGAACAUGAAUUCAGUCAAUUACUUUUCUGUGAUUAUGUUUAUUAGAGGCUAAACUCUCAAGCUAGGGGUAGGGGAUUAGCCAUAUGAUUAUGAUACUUUAACCUUUGAUUUCAGCUUGAAUUGUGUGAUUUAGUUCUUUGGAUUUAUUUGACUAUUUUUAUGUGUGGCCAGCAUAUAAAUAGAUUUUUCAGAAUUGUGUGAAGGAAUGAAAGUUGAAGCAUGAUUCAUGUAUUUUGAGAAUAAACAUAUAAUCACCGGAAUGGAAGCAUGUAUGGUGUUAUAUGACAUAGUUUAGGUACUUUUGCGGUGAAGGGGGGUUUAGUCUAUUUUAACGUGAGCCAUAAUUGGGAUCGUAGUAGAUUAAGCCUAUUCCUAAUUGUCGUAACUGAAAUUAGGAAUACUUUAGUGGUACCGUGUUCAUAAAUUCAGGCUUGAAUGAUAAGAUAACGGUUGAAUAAUCAUGAUGGUGAAACCAAUCCCCUAGCUAUUAUUUGUUUCUGAAUUCAUAAUUUUUGUGUCUCUGUUAAUUAUAUUUGCGCCUAUUUAUUGAAAAAAAAAAUCAAGCAAUCAAUUUAUUUAUUAAAUCAUAGAUUUAGUUCCAAACCAAUCAUUU